AUGGCGCUUUCCAAGCAUGUCAAUGCCGACCACCUCAUUCAAAAGUCUCAUGACAAACACGCAACUCAUGGCGAAUUUGCUGCAGAACAAGCACAAGAAGCAACAUAUUCAUAUGGCUCUCGUUAUGGAACCAAUCCUGUUCCAAAAUAUCGUAUCUCCUCUAAAGGUGUUUCUGCGGACGCCGCCUAUCAGAUCAUUCACGACGAACUUAGCCUUGAUGGAUCUACCGUCCUCAAUCUGGCGUCCUUCGUCCAUACCUGGAUGCCUCCUCAAGCUGACAAGCUUGUUCACGAAAAUAUCACGAAAAAUUUGAUUGACACGGAUGAAUACCCCGCUACGCAGAUCAUCCACACGCGUUGCAUCUCCAUUCUUGCAGACGUGUGGCACGCGCCAUCAUCAAAGCAGGCAAUCGGAACUGCGACAACAGGCUCCUCGGAAGCCAUCCAACUCGGAGGCCUUGCCAUGAAAAAGAUUUGGCAGGCAAAACGCAAAGCUGCUGGAAAGAGUAUUCACGAGCCUGGGCCUAAUAUUGUCAUGGGUGCAAACGCUCAGGUUGCAUUAGAAAAAUUUGCUCGAUAUUUCGACGUUGAGUGCAGGCUGGUCCCCAUAUCUGUACAAAGUAAAUACAGGUUGGACCCCAAAGAAGCGAUCAAGUAUGUGGAUGAGAAUACCAUUGGUGUUUUCGUCAUCCUUGGGAGCACUUACACAGGGCACUACGAGCCAGUCAAGGAGAUUUCGGAUCUCUUAGACGAAUAUGAAGCCAAAACAGGAAAUUCUGUGCCCAUUCACGUCGACGCCGCGUCUGGCGGAUUUAUUGCCCCCUUUGCCCACCCAAAACUAUUGUGGGACUUCAAACUUCCCCGCGUCGUAUCAAUCAACACCUCGGGUCACAAGUUUGGCCUGAGUUACGUGGGCGUCGGGUGGGUUGUAUGGCGAGACAAGGCUCACCUCCCUAAGGAUUUAAUCUUUGAGCUCCAUUAUCUGGGUUCUGUUGAAUAUUCAUUUUCCCUCAAUUUUUCUCGACCUGCAGCACCUAUCAUUGCUCAAUACUUCAACCUCCUGCAUCUUGGUUUCGAGGGCUACCGCGAGGUUGCCCUUGAUGAUCUGAAGAACGCGAGGCUUCUGAGCCGUGCUUUGGAAAACACUGGCUACUAUACAGUGUUGAGCGAUGUCCAUCGUUCGGUCGGGGCCGUUGGUGGCAAAGGUAUCGACACACAUGAUGUUGAGGCCUACGAGCCCGGCCUUCCUGUUGUCGCCUUCCGCUUCUCUGACGAGUUUCAGCAGAAAAAUCCUGAAGUUGAACAAAAAUGGAUUCAAACUCUCUUGAGGGCUAAAGGAUGGAUCGUCCCCAAUUACGAAUUGGCUCCAGAUUUGCAGCAGGUCCAAAUUCUUCGUGUUGUAAUCCGCGAAAACGUAACCGAGGUGCUACUUGAUAAACUUAUCGCGGAUAUCGUUGAGAUAACGGAGGAGCUCGCUUCAAAAGCUUCCUCCGAACACGCCUUGAAUGUGUUGGGGCAGAUGCAUGGUGCCAGAAAGAAACAUGAACAUAAGACAAGUACCUUUGAUGCAGGCGAGGGCAGCGAAGCUUCUGGAACAUACGCUCGUUCUUGCUAA